AUGGGGCCAAAUUGCGAGCAUGAGCACCACGCCACCCUUUCUGAGCUGCGGGCUUGCGGAACCUGCGAACUCUGCAUACUCAUCAACAUCCUGAUAUGUGAGGACACGGGCACCACGGCCAAGAAAGACAGUGCGUACCGAAUCCAGCUUGUCAAUGAUGGAAGCAAGCCGCAUCGCUAUCUGAAGUUCAGUUUCAGGCAAGAGUGCGGAAGAUGGACGGACAAGAAGAUGAUCAUUGCAUGCUGGGAGAGUUUGACAGAUGACGUCUACGAAGGCUUCCGCUCUCUGGGGCCCUCGACCGCUUCGAAGCAAACAUUCGAUCUUGUGGGGUCGUGGCUGGACGAAUGCCUGGCCGAGCAUACGGCAUGCAACCACAUCUCGGACCUAUCGAGUAGACUCCCGACACGUCUCGUAGAGAUCGAAGCCGCCGACGUGAACGGGGGCUGCAUCAGGGCGCGACUCUGCUGCGGCGAGUCACUGCCACCGGGCACGCCCUACGUGACAUUGAGUCACUGUUGGGGCAAGGACUUGUUCACCACGCUCACGACUAAGAAUGAAGUUGACUGGAUGCAAUCGCUACCCACAGAAGACCUGCCGCAGACGUUCCGCGACGCAAUGGCCAUCGCUCGGAAACUGCGGUAUCGCUAUCUGUGGGUCGACAGCCUCUGCAUCGUCCAAGACUCGGAAGAGGACUGGAUGAGGGAAGCCAGCCGGAUGAGUGAAGUGUACCAGCAUUCAGACCUCACAAUCUCGGCCACGGCUUCGAAGAGAGCGAGUGACGGCUGUUUCCACUCGCGGCCGCCCUACCUUUUCCGCCACCACGGCCGUCCAAGCAGCGGGAUACCACCAAGCUUCUGGAGCCUUGCGCCGCGCGAUCUGUGGGAUCUGGGGGUGGAGAGCCGGCGCAAGCUUGGGCUGCCGCGUCGAGCCUGGGUGCUUCAGGAGCGGCUUCUUUCGCGCCGCAUCCUGCACUACAGCUCGCUCGGCGUCUUCUGGGAGUGUGACAAGGUGCGCAGGUCUGAGCUUGUUCCGGACCACUCGACGCCGCGCCAGUUCGCGGGGCUUCUGCAGCAGCUUUCCGCGAGCUCGCACGAGACGCCGGCUUCCGAGUGGCAUCGGCAUUGGGCGGCGCUCGUGAAAGACUAUUCCGAGCGCCAGCUGACGUAUCCCGACCGUGACAAGCUCGCUGCGCUUUCCGGCGUGGCCAAGGCGUUCCAGUCUCAACUUGACGACGAGGCGUAUGUUGCGGGCAUGUGGAACGACAAGGACGAUCUUUUGCGCAUGCUGAUGUGGACGGCCAUCAAGAAAGCCCCAAGGCAAGCAAAGCCAGUGUACCGUGCACCAUCCUGGUCGUGGGCGUCUCUGGACACUGCCGUGUCGCCUCCGCUGUCCAGCUACGGGCACGAUCUCGUUUCCUUUGUCAACAUCAAACACGCACAGACAAGACCAUUCAACCCGGCCGACCCGACGGGCCGUGUCGUAGAUGGGUCCGUCACUGUCGUGGGGUUCUGCGUGCCCACGCUGUUGACCCUGGACAAACAGAAGACGCGGCUCAAGCUAGUAGGGAGGCAUACGGCGAGUGCCCAGAAGUUCUGGCAACAAUAUCGGCCCACGGUGAGGAUGGAUCAUGUUGAGCCAAUCUCGAGCUUUCCUCGAUGGCUUUGGUGCAUACCGUGGUUCUCUUACGACUUCAUGACCCGCGACAACAAGCCCCGCCACCGAAUCUCCUUCCUGCUCCUCGAGAGCGCGAGGCCAGGGGAGCAAAAGCCAAAGACGUUUAGAAGAGCGGGCAUGGCCGAGAGCUGGAGCUUCCCGCUGGCGUACAAGUGGGAUUUGAUAUACUACAGAGAGGUGACUGUUGUUUGA